AUGUCCCUUCUUCCAUUGCCUAUAACAAUCGCCGACAGAGCUGAUUGGAAUGACUGCGCUCAGGAGUACGGAGUAAAGGGGGUAAGUAUCUAUGAUCUAGAAGAAUACAAUUCAGCUUCGAAAAUCAAUGAUGCACAGUACAUCUCCCUUAGGGCAUUAUGGACAUUUGCACAUGAUACAGAGUUUGACCCACAGAAAUGGGGCAUACAAGGUGUGGAGGCAGCCCGAGAGACUCUGGGAAAGCUCAAGGGUUGGAAAAGCUUUCUUGAGGCGGUGUCACUGGAAGUUCCCCCGGACAAAAUUCAUCCCAUUGAACGUGACCUGGGUAGGUUCGAGCUAAUAUGGUACUAUGGGCAACUCAUUCGCUGGGCGCCGAGCGCGACGGAUACCGAGGAGAACAUCAAUGUUACUCCCUGGUCCGAGCGAUUGAGAGAGCGAAAAGCACAGUUGGGCAGCGAGCCCUUCUCCCAGCAAAACCCCCCACACCCUUAUCCAAUACAUCUAAUGGAGUGCUUGAAGACGCUCGGCGGUGAGGAAGAAGAACAAGCGAAAGAAGAACGUGGGCGACCAUCAAGCAGUCAGAGCCAAAAACAGGAGUCAUCUGGGACUUCACGCAUCGAUAUGGACCCGGAGACAGACAGUGAUGACUCAAAUCUGGACCCAAGUUACGAGGAGCGCAAAGAUUUCCCACGAGCUUCCGAUGAGACCAUGGUAAAUGCAUAUCUCCUCGGUCUCGCAAGCCUAAUUACUUUGUCCAUCGAAGGCGUCGAGGCCCAUUGGACCUCAGAAAGGAAGGGGUACAAAUUUUGCGAUGAGAAUGGUAUCAAGCUGUACGAGGCACGUACAGAUGGCCACCUCUACCUAUCGAACAAUGGAAAGACGAUGGCCAUUGUUGAGGUCAAGCCGGUGUUGCGAGACGAGUCACCGCGGGUCAUGAUGCAAGAGACCGCCCAAAUGGCGGCGUGGAUCCAUGCCGAACAAGAUUUGAUCCAGGCUGAUGACCUAUCAGAACAAAGGUUAGACACUCCAGCACCCAUUCAUCCAUUCGGAAUUCUCUUUCACGAGGCGGGAGAGACUAUAAAACCAGCAGCUAAGAUUCUGACACCAUACUAG